CUAUGCAGUACCAUUCACACCGAUAACAUUCACAAGAUACGAAAUCGUCAGGUCGAAGUCACCUUUCAGCCAGCGGGUGGCCGGCCCACUGUCGCGCAUCUCUUCAGUCGUGUACGAUCGUUCCAGCGAAGUCGCUGCAUCUCGCCACCAAUUCCGUCGUGGACGCCUUUCACGUCUCCUGCCAUAUCAUACAACUUAUUGAUCACAUCUACAGACCUGGCAUUAUGCUUGUGUCGCAGCAUGAGCAGGUUCUAUGUAGGCAGCUCAGAGAUUUCCCUCGGCGUUUUCACAACCGGUACAACGAUGAUUCAAGCUCUGCGCUCCUAGAACUGUUCUUUCGAUCACUCACCGGUUUCAAAGACGAAUACCUUCCCUACUUCUUUCCCAACGGCGUCCCACGCUCGACACAAGAACAAUGGAGCUUAAAAUUGGCACAAGGUGCAGUGGAGGGUGCUGAAUACACCGAAGCUGCAAGAGGCCAUCCGUGUGGUCAUAUCUUCAAAUCUGGAGAGGCUACAUACAGGUGUAAGACAUGCACUGUAGACGAAACCUGCGUGAUCUGUACCAGGUGUUUCGAUGCUUCAGAUCAUGAGGGACACACCGUUUACGUGUCAAUAUCACCGGGCAAUGCGGGAUGUUGUGACUGCGGCGAUGAUGAGGCUUGGAUACGACCCGUGCAUUGCAACAUACAUACAAUCGGGGCAGAAAGUAUAUCUCAUGCAGCAGGAAAGAUCAAGGAGGGAUCACCACUACCCGAAGAUCUUCAGGAGUAUAUCAGAACCACUAUCUCAAAGAUUUUUGAUUACUUUUGCGAUGUGUUUUCUUGUUCGCCCGAGCAGCUACGACUUGCGAAGACUGAAGAAAGUAUCAGACAAGACGAGCACUCGUCUCGAUUGCAUUCGAAAUGGUACGGUGAAUUAGACACAGACGAAGAUGAUCAGGAGUAUGCCUUAGUUCUGUGGAAUGACGAGAAGCAUACGAUUGGAGAUGUUGAGAACCAGGUCGCCAGAGCGUGCAAACAGAGGAAAGAUUUCGGGCGACAAAAGGCCAACGAAGUUAAUUAUGUUGGUCGAAGUGUCGUAAUAUUUGAUACGAACAUUCCAAAGUUACUCAAGAUGGCAAAGAUCAUCGAAGAGAUCAAACUUACGGUCACUAUCAGAUCCGCAAGAGACACUUUCAGAGAGCAGAUGUGUGGUACCAUCAUCGAGUGGAUUUCAGACAUUGCUGGAUGCAGUGUAGGGCCUGACCACCAGAUACUGCGCAACAUCCUUUGUGAGGAGAUGCUGAAAGCCUGGCGGGUCGGGAGCGAAGCGCAUCAUAGUAGAAUCGGGACAGACGGACUUGAUGAUCACGAAGUGGAGGACUAUCAAGAAGAUCUCCUAUUUAGUCGGCUGUUAGACAUGCGCAACAGAGGGGCCAGAGCAACCGCCCCUGGGCCUGAUGCUGACCUUGAGGACGCCAACGAUAACGAAGACGACGCCGACAAUGAAUGGGAGGAAGAAUUGGACCAAGAUGAAAUGGACAUCGAAUUUGCGCCUGCCCGGGAUGUAGAUGGCGAUGUAGAGAUGGACACGUCCGAUGUUCCCGACGAUGAGCUAGAAGCUUCAGAAGCAACUAUUGCUGGAUAUCCGCCACCGCCACCACCACCACCUCCUCCAGCAGUGCGACGGCACGAUGCACUAACUACUCCUGGGGAUUCUGAGGGUGAACCUAUGGUAGUCUCUUCAAGCCAUGUGGGCGAAACCCUCGACAUCCCUAAGACACCAAAGAUCCGCCAGAAGAAAAGACCACCACGAGCACUUCGACAUUGGUUGGAAGUACCUGAAGGUUACAAGAAGAAAAAGGGCGCAGUACCUAUUCACGAAGACCUAUGGGAGCGUGUCCGGCUGGAUUGGAUGAUUCUCUAUGACCUAAGGAUGUGGAAGAAGGCCCGUGUUGACCUUCGCGACGUCUUCAUCAGUACGGUAGUGACAAUACCAUACUUUAAGAGAGUAUUAGGCCUCAGGUUUGCUGGACUGUAUACAACUUUAGCACAGUUGUAUCUGAUUGCAGAUCGGGAGCCAGAUCAUUCAAUCAUAAAUCUCUCACUGCAAAUGCUGACCACACCCUCUAUUACGGCAGAAGUUGUCGACCGGGGCAACUUCUUGACAAAUCUUAUGGCAAUUCUUUACACUUUCUUGACUUCACGCCAGGUGGGAUACCCGCAAGAGGUUAACCCAAUGGCGACACUGGCCUUUCAAGAAGGAGCAGUGACUAACCGAAGGAUGUAUCACUUUUUCCUGGACAUGAAAUAUCUCCUGGGGUCAGACCUUAUAAAGGAGAGGCUGCGCGAAGAGCCACGAUACUUACUACAAUUCCUGGACCUGGUCAAACUGCACCAAGGCAUCUGUCCAAAUCUUCGAGCAGUAGGCGAGCACAUCGAGUACGAAAACGACCAGUGGAUCAGCGCAUCGCUUAUCACAAGAGAGAUCAACAGGCUUUGCCGACAUUUCUCUGAAGCCUUCGUGUGGUCUAUCGAUGGGAACAAUUCAAGUAUAUACCGAGCCAUUAGGGACACCGCGAAACUGGUAAUCAUACAUUCAACUGCAUCCGAGCGAAAACGUUUCCAAGCAGCGGAGAUCAAGAAACCAAUUCAGUUCAAGACCCUCUCCAAGUUUGAGUUCGAGUAUAGCCCAAGCGAUCCUCUCAAAGUCGUUGAAUUCGUUGUGUCCAAGGAAGCCAUGAGCUUUCAUCACGCGCUACAUUAUACCCUGUCCUGGAUGAUUGAUCGUGGCAAGAGCAUGUCUCGUGAUCAAUUAGUGAGCUUGCUAUCAUUUUCGGCGUCGCAAUUGAAGGAGCCGCCUGUUCCACUCCGAGCUCAAAUACCGGAACUAGAUGCUGAUGACUAUCUUUUGUGUCUCUUCGAUUUUCCACUGAGAGUGUGUGCAUGGCUCGCCCAAAUGCGUGCAAACACAUGGAUUCGAAAUGGAGUUACUCUUCGGCAUCAAAUGUCUACCUACCGAGGGGUUGUUCAAAGAGACGUCGCAUUUCAACGAGAUAUAUUCCUGCUGCAAGUUGGACUUGUAAUCUGUCCCAAAACUCGGUUUUUGGCUUCAAUAGUGGACAGAUUCGGCCUGUCAAAUUGGAUUCGAGGCUCAUACAGUGACGUUCAGAGCUUCGAGGAACAACAACAGCUGGACAUUGUGGAGGACUUCGUACACCUGCUGAUCAUUCUGCUCAGUGAGCGGACAUCAUUACUACCGAUUGAAGAAGAACCUGGAUCACAUCUCAUAUCCAUCCGCAGAGACAUUGCCCAUAUACUUUGUUUCAAGCCUUUACCACACUCGGAUUUGUCCGCAAGAUUACCAGAUAAAACCCAGGAUCUGGACGAGUUCCCAGGGGUACUCAGGGAGAUGACUACGUUCCGUCCGCCCGAGGGUGUAUCAGACACAGGAACAUUCAUGCUCAAGGAGCAGUAUUUUGAGGAUAUCGAUCCUUAUAUAGCACAGUACAGUCGGAAUCAACGCGAGGAAGCCGAAGCUCUGUACAAGAAGCACAUGGCGAAAAAGACAGGACAAUCACCAUCCGAUAUAGUUUAUGAACCCAAACUCCGGCCUAUCCGUCAAGGAAUCUUCAAAGAUAUCGCUGGAUUCACGAGAGUACCGCUGUUCAUACAAAUCAUCUACUAUCUUCUCAAUUAUGCUUUGGAGUCAUCAAAGCACCACCCGAGCAUUCCAGCGACUAGAGUUGAAGCAUACCUUCAAUUUAUUCUGCAACUAGUUUUGGUCGCUAUUCCAGAUGAAGAAAAUGCUCGCAAUGAAGGUCUUGACGGCAUGCAAUGUUCAUUUGCGUAUAAUUUGAUCCGAUGCCAAUCAAGACAAGGUCGGCUAGUUAUAGGACUGUUACACAGUCUUUCUGAAAUGGAUGAGUUCAAGACUUGUGAGCCAAAAAUAAAAACCAUCAUGCGCCGACUUCAACACCGAGAACCGAAAGCUUUCGCCGAAGCGUUAAAGGUGAUCGACGUUUCUGCGGAAAGAAUGGAUACUAGUUCCCCUGCUCCAAGUACUGAAGACAAGGAACUAAAAAAGAAGCAAGCCCUAGAAAGACAAGCCAGAGUCAUGGCUUCCUUCAAAGAGCAGCAGACAAACUUUAUGGCUAACCAAGCUUUUGAAUGGGGCGACGAUGAAGAUGACUACAGCGACCUUGAAGCCGAGCUUGCUACACCUAUGCCGGAGGAAGAGAAGCUUUGGAAAUACCCAUCUGGAACUUGCAUCUUGUGCCAAGAGGAGACUAGUGAUCAACGACUUUACGGUACCUUUGCUUUCAUCACAGAUAGUCAUAUCUUAAGGCAGACAGACAUUCGUGACAGUGACUGGGUUACUGAAGCUUUUGAAACACCAACCAGUCUCGAUAGGUCGGCGGAUCAGAUUCGUCCUUUUGGUGUGUCUGGGAAGAAUAGGAAAAUGGUGACAAAGGUUACUUUUGACGGCCGUGAGACCAUCACAGAACGGCAGGACUUGGGAAAGGGCUUUCCGGCGAAGAUGACAAAACCAGGUCCCAUAUCUCAUGGUUGCGGACACAUAAUGCAUUACCACUGCUUCGAAGUUUACGUACAAGCUACUCAGCGAAGACAUGCGAAUCAGAUUGCCCGUGCCCAUCCUGAGAGGCCAGACAGCAAAGAAUUUUUAUGUCCACUAUGCAAAGCUCUAGGAAACGCCUUUCUACCCAUCAUUUGGAAAGGUAAAUCUGAGUCAUAUCCGGCGGUACUCAAACAGAAUCGUAGCGCUACGUUUGAGAAUUGGCUUGCCACAGAUGUUGCAUUGCAUGUAGCAAAGAUUGACAAAAGCCCGGAACAUAGCCCAUCGAAUGCGCAAACGUUGGCCAGACUACGACAGAUAUUCGUCGAUUUUGGGACGCAGCAUUUGAUCCAACCGCUUGCUUCGAAACUUCCAGAAAUAAACCGUCUGUCAUUACUGACACUUCCACCAAUAACUGCUGCAGGACAAAUACCAAGUACAUUACCUCGUAUCGCAUCUCCGCCACACUUCGCGGCAACAGCAGCUCUCGAUGACACAGGAAACCAGGCUACAAUCAAUCCUGAAGCCUCGAACGGUCCCCAACUUCAACCAAUUCCUAUAUUAGAGCUCGUCCGGAUAUAUCAGCGCCUUCGUGAUACGAUGAAAGUCAACAAUUUGUCUUCUAGAUAUGUGUACAAUCCAUCGCCAUUAGCAGCACGGGAGGAUCUCAUUUACACAGACACACUGUCCAAAUGCCUAGGCUUCACCAUAUCAGCCACAGAAAUUGCGCAGCGGGGUGUAGAGGCAGAAGUUGGAACCACUCUACUGGAUAGAAUAUCGCCUCAGACUCUCACGCAUAUUCGCAUUCUAUCUGAGACUGUGACUUCGUAUAUGGCGAUCGGUAGUCUCCGAAACCAAGGUCUGUCGAACACGUGCCAAGAGUUUCUGGACACUCGAACUCGACAGUUUCAACAACUUUUCAACGGACAUCCGAGGAUGUCGACGAUAAUUCCCUCGCUCGAAUACGAUCUCAAACCCUUUGAGUCUAUUCUAUCGCAAGAUACCUUCAUUUUCUUCACGGAGUGCGCCACUUGCGUAGUGCCAGCCCUGCAACUCGACAUUCAGCAUGUUAUGCGGAUAUGUUACAUUGCUGAGCUUGUCCGGGUGGUCAUCUCCUUCUUUCGUGUGCACGGUAGUGCGAGCACUAUGCCAAAGGUAUCUGAACUUAAGAGAAGUGAUCAAACCCAGGAGCGUAAUAUGCGAAUAUUUAUACGAAGCAUAAUUAUCACUGCAAAAAGCACCCCUGGCAGAGAUUCGAUAGAGGCCCAUCAUGAGCAAGAAUCGAUACUUGAGGGUGAUAUACCGAUGAACCAAGUCGACCUUUAUUUCCUACAUAAAGCCAUGCUGGCAUAUGCGCUCCCAUUCCUGCGCAAGGCCGUCAUACUCAUGCACGCUCGCUACGGCGUCGACUUCCCUAACACAGGCCUCUCGCAAACUACAAUGACUGAGCAUCAGCGCCUGACUCUUGCUCUUAAACUCCCUUCCCUCGACGAGAUUUUUGAGACUUUCGCGUCCUCAUCCGAGGGUGGCAGUGUCUUGCGCUCCAUGGUCCGCGGCUGGAUCUCACACCUAAUGUGGUCUCACAGCAACACCCACCUCUCUCCUGACACCAUCAUGCUAUCACAUCCCGCCAUUUUCGAGUUGGUCGGCCUGCCAAAGAACUACGAUACCCUGACAGACGAAGCCAUCCGACGUAGAUGCCCAACAACCGGCAGGGACCUCACCGAUCCGGCAGUGUGUCUUUUCUGCGGCGAGAUCUUCUGCAGCCAGGGCGUGUGCUGCAUGCAGGAUAAACAGGGCGGCUGUGCCUUGCACCAGAAGAAAUGUGGCGGCAACGUGGGCAUGUAUAUCAACAUCCGCAAGGGCAUGGUGCUUUUCAUGAAUCAGAUCCGCGGCUGCUGGGUUCCGGCCCCCUAUCUCGACAUUUAUGGCGAGACAGACCCGACGUUGCGGCGUCACCACCAGUUGUUCUUGAAUCAGAAACGAUAUGAUGCACUCUUGAGGUCUGUGUGGUUGGGUCAUGGGAUCCAAACAAUGAUUGCUAGAAGGCUGGACGCGGAAGUGAAUAAUGGGGGUUGGGAAACGCUUUGAAGUGUUGGGACUGUUUCAGUGACCGAGAUUAAUCUGAGAAUGGAGUGUGCUUACAGCCAUUGUUACGGGUCCAUGACACAGCAUAAUUGUAUUCGUAAUGAUAAUCGCGGUCAUAUACAUAUAUUCAAUUUGAUUAUUAUGAAUCGUUAGGUC